AUGGAGCGCAAGCCUCCGAGGAGGUCGCGGGGCCGCGCGCGUCCACCGCCCCGGGCGGCCCCGGGGUCCCGGCCCGUGCCGGCCGGCCCCGCCGCGUCCCGCUCCAGAGAGCAGCCGGGCGCGCCGCUCUGGCUGUUCCCCGGCGCUGCGGGGCUCCGCAGCGCGCUGCUCCGGAGGUUCGAGGCGACGCGCCAGAUCUGCUGCACCGAGGGGCGCCUGGCGGUGCUGGAGCGCGGCGGGGCCGGCGUCGAGGUCCACCCGCUGCCGGCCCAGAGCGACGGCGCCAGGAAGCCGAAGUGCAUUAAGUUAGGAAAAAAAAUGAAGAUCCAUUCCAUGGGCCAAGGUGCGGAGCACGUGCUGGUUCUAUCCUCAGAUGGAAAACCAUUUGAAUACAACUAUAGCAUGGAACAUGCAAAGUUUCAAAGCAUUUUACAAGAAAAAACUAUAAUUCAGAUCACAUGUGGAGAUUAUCAUUCUCUCGCACUGUCAAAAGGUGGCGAGCUUUUUGCCUGGGGACAGAACUCGCAUGGCCAGCUCGGAAUUGGAGUGAUGUGUCCCUCCGUCCCCAUACCACAGAUUGUGGAGCACCUCGCAGGAGUCCCCCUGGUUCAGAUCUCUGCAGGAGAAGCCCACAGCAUGACCUUAUCCAUGUCUGGAAACGUUUACUCCUGGGGAAAAAAUGAUUUGGGACAACUAGGCCUGGGCCACACCGAGAAUAAAGACUCUCCUUGCCUUAUCGAAGCACUGGACAAUCAGAAGGUUGAGUUUGUGGCUUGCGGUGGCUCCCACACUGCCCUGCUCACACAGGAUGGGCAGCUGUUUACUUUUGGUGCUGGAAAAUAUGGGCAACUUGGUCACAAAUCAAAGCGGAAUGAGCUAAAGCCCCGUUUGGUGACUGCGCUUGUAGCGAAUAGAGUGACCCAGAUAGCAUGCGGAAGGUGGCACACACUCGCCUACGUCCUUGGCUUGGGAAAGGUCUUUUCCUUUGGUUCUGGAAAAGAAGGACAACUAGGGAGCCGUGGGACACAGAACCAGCUGGCACCACUCCCCAUGAAGUUGUCAUCAAAAGAAGAACUCAAAUUUGAAAGCAGAACCUCAGAAAAGGAGCUAAUAAUGAUUGCUGGAGGGAAUCAAAGCAUUUUGCUCUGGAUGGACAAAAAGAAUUCCUAUGUUAAUCUGAGAAGGAAAAUUCCUACAUUGAAUGAAAGCACCAUUAAGAGAUGGAUUGCUGAUGUGGGGACCAAGCAAUGGCAGAACACAAAAAGGGAAAUUCGAGAGAUAUUUACAUCUUCUGCUUGCCUGACUGGAAGUUUUUUAAGACAAAGAAAGGCUACAGAGCCCAAGUCUGUUCACGUGGACUUAAAUAUAGCAAGAAAUGCCUUUAAGGAGCUGACCCAGAAGGACUGGAUCACUAACACGAUAACCACUUGUCUCCGUGAUAAUUUGCUCAAGAACCUUCCAGUUCAUUCUCCACACCAAGAAGCCUUAGAAGUUUUCUUCCUUCUCCCAGAAUGUCCUGUGAUGCAUGCUUGUAACAACUGGGAGAGCCUGGUGCUUCCAUUUGCAGAUGCUGUUUAUAGAUUGAGCAACCAGUCUUCGGUGGUUCUGGAGGAGUACUGGGCAACUCUGGAAGAAUCUGCUUUCAGGCGAAUAGUCCAGAUGGCCAAAAGCACCAUUGUCUCUCAGCUGCGUUAUUGGUCCGAGAGUGCUGAGAAUAACUAUCACAUUAAAGUUCUCCUGGAAAUGAUGAAAAAGCUACACAGGGUAAAUCAGACUACGUGUCUUGUGCCUGAAGAAGUGUUCGUAGUGGAUGAACUCUUAGACUGGCUCAACUUUUAUGGAGAAGCAUAUAGAAGGUGCUCUGGGAAAACGAACUUGGAAACUUCAGCAGAGGAACAGCGUUGUGUCUCAUUCAGUAACUUUUCAUUUGUCUUUAAUACUCUGACAAAAAUUAAACUACUAUAUGCAGACUCACUUUUAAAAAUUCAGGAGAAGAGAAUCCGAGCGUGUAUAAGAUUGGCAAGAUUUGUUGAAGGGGAGGAGUUAGAGCCGGCUUUUCUGCCCACGUUUAACCUAAGAGUCCGGAGGAGCCACUUGAUCGAGGAUGUUUUGAAUCAGCUCAGUCGGUUUGAGAAUGAAGACCUGAGGAAGGAGUUGUUGGUUUCAUUCACUGGAGAGAUUGGGUAUGGCUUUAGAGGAGUCAUGACAGAGUUCUUCUACUGUCUGUUUGAAGAGAUGACCCGGCCAGAAUAUGGGAUGUUCAUGUACCCUGAAGAGGCUUCCUUCAUGUGGUUUCCUGCCAAGCCUAAGUUCGAGGAGAAGAGGUACUUCUUCUUUGGGAUCCUCUGUGGACUCUCCCUCUUCAAUUGCAAUGUUGCCAACCUCUGUUUCCCACUGGCACUAUUUAAGAAACUUUUGGACCAGAAGCCAUCAUUGGAAGACUUGAAGGAACUCAGUCCUGUUUUGGGAACGAGUUUACAAGUACUUCUGGAUAAUGAAAGCAGUGACUUUGAAGAGCUAUUUUACAUCCAUUUUAAUAUACAUUGGGACAGAGACGAUAUAGACUUGAUUCCUAAUGGAAGUUGCAUAAUUGUCAACCAGACUAACAAGAGAGACUAUGUUUCUAAGUGUGUUGAGCACAUCUUCAACAUCUCUGUAAAGGCAGUAUAUGACGAAUUUCAGAGGGGAUUUUAUAAAGUAUGCAACAAGCAAAUUAUUGAAUGUUUUCGUCCUGGAGAACUGAAGGAUGCGAUUGUUGGAAAUACAGACUUUGACUGGGAAACAUUUGAAAAGAAUGCACAAUAUCAACAAGGAUACAACAGUUCACAUCCCACCAUCGUGAUGUUUUGGGAAGCUUUACACAAACUGUCUCUGGAAGAAAAGAAGAAAUUCCUUGUGUUUCUUACAGGAACUGACAGAACACAAAUAAAAAAUUUAAAGAACAUGAAAAUAACAUUCUGCUGUCCUGACAGUUUGAGUGAGAAAGACCCCAUGCGAGCGCAGACAUGUUUCUGUCUUCUCUACCUCCCUAAGUAUUCCACCAUGGAGAGGGUGGAAGAAGCGUUUCAGGUCGCCAUCAACAACAGCCGAGGAUUUGGCUGAAGCUGCACCAGAAUAUUUACCUCUUUGGGGAAAUAUUGUCAAAAAUAAAGUUCAAAAUGCAAAAUCUAA